AUGAAAAGGGCUGCGUUUCACAUUAGAAAAACUAAUAACCACACAGAGUACUAAUCCUAAAUAUAGGGGAUGAUAUUUUUUAUAGAAAAAUAAAAAAAUGAUAAAUCAAGAUUAUCAUCAAUGAUCUUCUAAUCAUGUUAAACACGAAUUAUUAUAUCAUAUUCGGUAAAAAUAAACAUCUGUCGAUGCUAUAUGAGUACCUUUGAUUUUUUAAAUUAUGUGUUAAUAUCUAGUAUGAGUUUUGAAUAAAUUUAAUGUUAUUAACAAAAUAUUGUUUAUAAGAGCGCCAUCGAUGCAAUAACAAGUUAUUAAUUCCUGAAUUUUCUAGACUCAGGAAAAAUGCAUUAGACAAUUGUUCAUUCCACACUGUGCAAUCAAUCUGUAUAAGAUGACGGCUCAAAAAAAACUUUGUUAAGACUCGCAGACCAAGAAGCACCUUCUUCAAUAGGAUUUCUGAUGAUAGAUGAUUAAAAUAAACAGGAUUCAUAUUCAUAGCAAUAGUUAGAUAAAUAAGAAAACGAUUUCUAAUAAUAGAGUAAUAAUAAAAAGAAAGAAAGAAAAAAACAUCAUAGCCUCAAAUAUCUCAGUUGGCAGGUUCACAAACUAGUUGGAUCACAAAGAGAAACUACAUAUAAACAGAUGGCAGAUUAGCUUGCCUCAGAAAUAAGUAAAUCAAGUUUAUCUUCAGAUAGUAAAAAUCUCAAACGUAGAGUUUAUGAUUCCAUUAAUGUAAUGGUUGCCCUAGGAGUACUAGAAAAGCAAAAAAAGAUCAUCAUCAAAGGAUAGAUGUUUCAAUAAAAUCACAUGACUAGUAAAUAUGUCAGAGAUACUAGAGAUAGAUAUGAAAUUUUAAGAUAACAAUAAUAUGAAGAAUUGAAGAGGAAGAAAAUACUAUUUUAAAAAUUGACCGAUUAGGCAAGAAGAAUAAAUGCAUUAAUAGAUCAAAAUAAGUAUCAUAAUACAGCAAUAUCCAUUAUUAGACCACUCUAAAAAGAUGAAUCGGACUUUUUACAAGGUCAAUAGCCUAAAAUAUAUUAAUUCCCAAUCAUGAUUUUUAAGUUACCAUAAAAUGCAAAACUUAAUAUCAUAACUAUUGAAGGGAAAACUAUAGUCUAAAUAUUAUCAGAUCACGAAAUUAAAAUUGUUGGUGAUUAUGAUAUUUUGCCUUUAAUCAAAAGGGUUGAAGAAGCAAAAGACAAAAAUCUUCCUGGACCUAUGUUGAAUUUAUGA